AUCAUUUGAAAGCCGCGUUUCUCAUGCAAGUAGCCCUAAUGAUAGCCUGAUCACCCAGAAUGCAUCUGUUCCAAUUGCAAUGCCUGAACACAGAGCAUUCAGCAUCUGUUCUCAUGACUGUUCUGUCGAGGAGGACGGACCCUGGGCUCAGCAGAAUAACUCUGCUGCUCUGCGGGGCAUCCUCAAGCACUUGUCCCUUUGUAGCCCUGCAGACCUCCUGCUCUCCCCCCUGGACCUGAGUCCAGGGAGCCUGGACCCUCCUGCUGAGGCCUGGAUAGACAGGAAGCAGGUGAGGUUCAGCCCCACGGUCGGUCGUCACGACGUGGAGUGGCUCCAGGGGAAGGAGCUGGGAGAGCACAGUUUGCUGGACAUCGACUCCAACACUCCCUGUCACACAGAAAAUAAUAGUGACCUUGAGAAAAGUGGCGGUACCGCCGUUGGUCCGUGUAUGCCUUCUCUCUAUCAGAGUAAAGUGGAUUUACAGGAAGGUGAACUCAGUUGCAAAAAUGAGGCAAACCUUCAAAAGCAAGAAGCUGGCCAGCAGGUCCUUGGUGAUGUCUCUGAGCAAAAUCAUUCAGAGUUUAUAAGCCCUGCCGUGACCACACUCAUUUCUGCUGGGCCUCCCUCUCAGGCCACAGACUGGCACCAUGGAUUCCACCAUCAUCCCCAAAAAAUGCCUGAACAAAAAACUGACAUUGCUGUUGAGGAGACCCAAGAGCUGCCGUCUACUGGCAGCUCAAAGGGCUCAUUUAAUUCUGUCUCAUCAAAGCCUAGACAAAGACUGCUCGGAUUAUUUAGACGAGAGGAAAAGAAAACUGAUGAAGUAAAGACAGGACAAAAAGAAGAGGCGAAGAUACCUCAGCAGAAGGAACAGUGCAGAACGAAGAACCUCUCUCUACGUGCUGCAAAUACGACUGUGGACGAACCUGCAAGUGUUAAACAAGAAGCUAAAGCUACAGAGACAACAGAGGUCAGAACGCUACAACUUACAGCACUGCAGAACACAUCCUUUAAAGAAUCAAUGCCCUCAGUAGAUGCAGACAAUCAGCGGGAGGCAGCAGAAGGCAGAUUUGUUGAGCUUCCAGAGAGACUGUAUAAUCUGAAAGCUUUCUUGGAGAGGGAAAACACUGGCCCGAAAGUAAUUAUACCUGGAGAAGAGGCAAAGUGCAAAGACAUCCCCAAUAAAGGAAUAGAUGAUUUAAUUGGCCAUAAGUCUAACAUUGAUGAGAAGAGCAUAAACAACAAUCUCUCAAAUCAAAUGGAAAUGACAGUUAAGGAUGCUGUCAGCACGUCCCCACAGACCAACUGUAGCUUAUCAGUAGAUUUAUCGAAAGAAGAUGGCACAUAUAGAGCAAACCCAGUCCUCAUCGAUGAAGAGACGGAUGACUCCCAAACAAGUUCACUAAUGGAGCCACAGAGAAACAUCAUCUCUCCUGUAACUUCUAAUGUAAGCUUCAAAACCCAAAAGCAACAACCAGAUUUUCCAGUUCCUCUUCCCAGGCAGUCUAGUUCCAGUCCUCAAGAGGACAGACCAGCCAAGAGUAGUGAGGUUAAGGAUCUUUGGAAGAAGGAAUAUAAGGGACACAGGGUAGUCGCUGCAAGAGCCAAUAGUACUGUGGUUGCACAGUCAACAUCUCACCAAUACCAAGAAAAGGAUGAAACAGAAUAUGAGGAAAGGCCUCUCAGUCCUAUCAAAUCCCAAAACGAAAGAUCAAAAGACCAGGAUGAUGAGAUAAGGAAGAGUCCAUCUAAGACCUGUCAUCCAAGGGUCCUACCAAGAGAGUCCUCCAUUCCUCAGAGAUCCAAACUGGGAGGCCCUCAGCUAACAACGUUCCCAAUAGACAUCGACCCCCAAGCUAAGGUGGUUGAAGAGCAACAUAAGAAGUCAACACCAGUUCCUAGACAGAAGAAGGGUCCAUCACAUGAAGCGAAGCACACAGUCCCGACUGACUCUAAAUCCAGCAUAGAAGUCUCCUCUUGUCCUCUCCCUUUACCUCCUGAGGACAUCCACACACAAAAAAGUAGUUUAAGUUCCUUUACUUCACCUCUAUCUAAAAAAGCUCCAGAGAAGAAGUUGGGUACGUUUACACCCUUGGCCAGAUCUUUCAUUCCUCAGGACUAUCAGCACUACCUGGGGCCUCAGGAGAAGGCCCAUGUCCCGCUCUUUAAGCAGGAGACCUCUGCUUUAGCAAAGAAUGAUGCGGGUCACAAACCACAGGAUGCCCUCACACACUUCAGUCCCACUGAAGGGAGUCCUCACAAAGUCAGGGUGCAAAAUAAAGAAGACAAUUCCAGCCAAAACACAGCGACCCGGGCCAGUCAAGGCAAUUAG